UCAACAAUUCACACCGUUCUUUCUCCUUUAUAUUUAAACCUCUUCUCCUCUCUCUCUCUCUCCCCUUAAAAAAACAGAACAGCAAAGAAGACAAAACAAGAGAGACAGAUCAAUCUUCUUCUACAUAAACAUUCUCAACAGAAGAACCAUGUCGUGUUCCAUCGCCGUCUGCAAUUCUCCGGUGUCAUCUCUUUUCUACAACAACAAAGCUUCUAUCCUCUCUUCGCCGCAUGAAACCGUCUCUCUCACUGCUUCUUCCCCUAAAUCUCCGUUUCGUCUUCGUUUCAAGAAACCACCGACCGGACUCGCUCCUGCACCGUUAGUCCUCGGGUUAGACUCUGUUUCCACGCAGUCUCCUCCCGGAGGGGUUUUGAAGAGGAAACGGCCCACGAGGCUCGAUAUACCGGUCGCCACCGCGUCGGAGAUCGCGGUUACAACGCCCAGGAAGGAGAGCAGAGAGGUGGAGAAGGAAGGAGACGGUUACUCUGUUUAUUGCAAGAGAGGAAGGAGAGAAGCUAUGGAGGAUCGCUUCUCCGCUAUAACCAAUCUCGAAGGAGAUCGCAAACACGCCAUAUUCGGAGUUUACGAUGGUCACGGAGGAGUCAACGCGUCUGAGUUUGCGGCCAAGAACUUAGACACGAACGUUUUAAAAGAAGUGGUUGGUUGUAAUAAGUCUGACGUGGCAGACGCGGUGAAACGCGGUUACUUGACCACAGACGCAGCGUUUCUCAAGGGGAAAGACGUUAAAGGCGGUGCUUGCUGCGUCACGGCUAUGUUCAGAGACGGGAACCUCGUGAUCGCCAAUGCCGGUGACUGUCGCGCCGUUAUGAGCGUGGGAGGCGUCGCGGAGGCUCUUUCUUCCGACCACCGUCCUUCUAGAGAUGAUGAGCGGACAAGAAUUGAAACAACGGGGGGAUAUGUUGAUACGUUUCGUGGUGUUUGGAGGAUACAAGGAUCUUUAGCUGUGUCGAGAGGCAUAGGUGAUGCUCAAUUCAAGAAAUGGGUGAUAGCAGAACCAGAGACGAAGACGUUAAGAAUCGAUGAGGAGCACGAGUUCUUGAUCCUGGCAUCGGAUGGUCUAUGGGACAAAGUGAGUAACCAAGAAGCAGUAGACAUUGCUCGUCCCUUCUGCUUAGGAGAUGAGAAGAAGACAUUGUUGUUAGCGUGUAAGAAGCUUGUCGAUCUCUCGGUUUCACGAGGAUCAUCGGAUGAUAUUAGUGUGAUGUUGAUCCCUUUGCGCCAGUUCAUCUAGAGAAAGAGAUAGAGAAUUUUAGAGGAUUUUCUUUAGAAAUUGAAGGGUGUCUUGUGAUUUUUGCUUUAUUUAUAACUUGGACUAAUCAUUUAUUUAUUCUUUCUAACUUAGCGAAAAGCUUAGCUCAGUGUGGCCUAUGUACUUGUAUGAUGCAUUGGUCCAGUUAAUCUAAUUAUCAGUUCAUUAUUA